GGUUGCUGGGGUGUAAGCGUAAGUCAUGUUCCAACCGAAUCGCGUCCUGGACAUGUAGCAAUGCUUGCUGGCUUUUUCGAAGAUGUCAGUGCUGUUGCUCGCGGUUGGAAACAUAAUCCGGUUCCAUUUGACAGCAUCAUCAAUAGAUCGCGCGAAGCAUUUGCUUUUGGCAGUCCAGACAUCGUCCUAAUAUUCACAAAUGAUGUCAACCAUGCCACUGCAAUGGUUUAUUCUCCCGAAUUAGAAGAUUUCCAGCAGAACGAUGCUGCACAACUGGACCGGUGGGUAUUCAGAGAAAUAGAAGAACUUUUGAACAGCACAGAUGUAACUAUUCCAAAACGCUUGGCCUCAGAUCGCCUCGUAUUUUUCCUGCAUUUACUGGGAUUGGACACAAAUGGACACGGUCAUAAACCACAGUCAGAUAAGUACAUUGAUAAUAUUGCAGUUGUAGAUGCAGGAAUUGCUAGAUUGGUACGAUUGUUGGACGAUUUCUUUGCCGAUAACAGGACGGCCUUCUUAUUCACCUCAGAUCACGGAAUGACAGAUUGGGGUUCACAUGGUGCUGGCACAGAAGCCGAGCUGAUUACACCGUUAGUGAUGUGGGGUCGUGGUGUACGCGGCAGCACUGUGAAAAAUAAAAUCAGUCAAAUUGAUCUGUCACCGCUGAUGUCUGCUUUGCUUGGUUGUCCGAUUCCAAUGAACAGUUUUGGCACUGUACCUUUGCAUCUGCUGGAUGCAUUACCAAGAUACAAAUUUAAGGUAGCAUACGCUAACUUCAAACAGAUGCUGGAACAGUUUAUUCUGAAGAAGAAUGAGAAAAAAGCCCAUUCACUGCCUUUCAUGUUUCGUGAUUUUGACCAACUCCACCCAAAAAUAUUGCCCACGAUUGAAAGCGAAAUCAAAAGACUUGUAGCACAAAAUAGAUUUGAGGCAGCUGUAGCUGUAUGCAUGCAGUGGAUUCCGAUUCUUCGAACAGGCUUGGUUUAUUUUCAUCGUCAUGAUCAAACACUGUUAGGAAUUGCUGUCGCUUCUACAUUCAUCACAUGGAUGUUAUGCGUUUAUUUCAUCACAUUGAGGCGUUCUUCCAUAAUUUUGAAGGAUAACAAUGUGUUGAUUCUAAGCCUUAAACAGUUUAUUGGUGUUGGCUUCAUGUUUACCUUACUACUACUUAACGGGCUACCUUUUACGCAUGCCUUAUAUCUGACACUUCCUACAUAUCUCUCAUGCGUUUGCUAUAAUGCAGUUAGCGACUUAAUUCGUAGUAACUUGGAAAAUUUUAUCAUAAAUUGGCAUUCAACUCAUUGUCCAGAAAUGCGAACAAAAUGGCUUUUUUUGUGCACCUAUUGGAUGCUGUUAACUAUUUCAGUUGCUGUAAUUCUUUCGGUCAUUGUUUCUGCUUUCAUUUAUCGGCCAAUAUUGUCGAUAGAAUUUUUGGUCUUUGGUUUAAUUCCAGUGUUAAGGCGUGGCGAAAAUCGAGAUUUAGUUAAAUGGAAACGGAUGUGGUUGAUAUGUUGUUUGGCUGUUGCUAUAUAUCCUCAGUUUCCAGUGGUUGGACAAACUCCGCUCCCGACAGUUUGUGCCUUGUCGUCUUUCUUUACCUCACUACUAAUUUUCUGGAUUUCUACUUUUCCGGUGCUGUCAUCAACAAAAACACUGUUCCGAUACCACUCAGCUUUACAUCUUCUUGCUACAGUUGUCGUAAUUUUUGUGGAUGCUUUUAAAGAUUAUAAGUUGUUGUUAAUGCUGUUACGCUUAAUUUGUUGGCUUUCAAUUCCCGUAGCGGCAGUUUUACCACUGUUAUCAUCGCGAUCAGUUAUCAUCCGUCUUAUCUGCUGGUUCUCAUCGCUUAUGUUGCCGUACACUUUGUUAAGUUUAUCAUACGAAUCAUCAUUUAUGUUGCUUCUGUUCGUUCUUCUCACAACAUAUGUACGGUUGGAAUUUGGGCAGAUGACUGAUGAAGAAUUUCUAGCUAUGUCAUUACCGCAACGAGAUUAUGGAACGAAGUUAGUAGCAGAUGUUAGUGAUACGAGUUUCAAUGAUUGGCUCCAGGGCUUAGUCUUGGUUAUCCUAAUCGAAGCGGCUUUCUUCGGUACGGGUAAUAUCGCCUCAUUAAACAGUUUCAAUCCAUCAUUUUUACGAUGCUUUAUAUCUGUGUUCUCUCCGUUUACGAUGACAGCUAUGCUAAUUUUCAAAAUAUCGUUGCCAAUUUUGGCCGUUGCCUUUACAUACGCCGUUAUUGUUCGAUUAAAAAAAAUCUUAAUUACGAAGUUAUCGAUGAUACUGCUAGUCAUCUCCGAUACGAUGGCACUGAUUUUCUUCUUCCGACUCGUGGAUGAGGGGAGUUGGAUGGACAUUGGUAGCAGCAUAAGUCAUUAUUCAGUAUGCAUGUUAUUAACUGUUAUAGUUUACCUUUUGUUGAAUUUUACUGAUUAUUUGCUUCCUCUUUCACUGAGUAGAAUCAUGCGCGACGAAGGAACGAUAUUCGAACGGAAACGUUUAUAUUCCCUGACCUCGAAAACAGAAGAAGAUAUCGUUUGA